GUCACAUUUUUUUUGUUCAGCGCAGCGUUAAUUUGUCGCGCUUUUGCUUCGCCAUGGAGAACGAAACGACAGCUGAAAUAAAGGAUGUUUUUAGCGCUUAAGGCGAACCACGAGUAACAAAAAAAUAUUGCGUCUCAUCAAACAGCAACAGUUGCUAAAAGAUUCGAACCAGCUUUUGAAUGAAAGCUUACAACAACACCUGGAAAACGGAACAAAAGCGAAAAAGUCCAUAUGAACGAAAAGAGACAAUUCGACGGCUGCUAGUGGAAUACUGAAGAGAGAGCAGCUAUUAGUCGGUGUGUUUUUGUUAUGCAAAUAAACGGUCUUGCUGCCGGACCAACCAUGGCUGCAUCAGAGCCGCCAGAACCGCCGCCGCGCAACCCGGAUCGCAUAAAUGCAUCUCUGCACAAGCUCAGCGAAUCCAAAAUCGUCAAGUCCCUGGACUCAAGUGUUUUGGUGCUCAAGGAGAAGACCGUGAACAACAACAAACCCAUAAAGCCGCUGCUUUCGUUGGACAACAAUAGUCAGCCGGGGACAACCACAACCACAACUUUGACGGCAGCACCAGCGUCGACUGCGAAACAAACAGUAACGAAUCCCGCAAAUGCAUUUGCAGGUCCACCCACACUAAUAGGCAACAAACGCGAUCUGACACCCUGCGCCAGCGCUGACAACAGCUCCCCAAAUAGCUCGAAUGGCAGCAAUCACACGCUCACGCCGCCCGUGACCAACGACAAUCCCAAUUCCAAUCCCAAUCUGCAGCAGCAAUCGCAACAGCAGCAGCCCCGGUUGGUGGCGUACACGAGCAGUACCGGCGCUGUCAAGAGCGACCCCAUCGGUCCACAGGUUGGCCUGCCACAGUCCCAAUUACUGAAUGGCAGUAACACUGCCAGCACCGGCACCAGCAACAGCAACAGCAACAGCGCAGGCAUGAUCCAUACGAAUAACUCAAAUUUAAUUGCUGCCGGUCACUUGGCUCAGGUCGGCAAUGGGAGCGCCCUGAACGCUGAUGCUGUCGUAAAGCUACGCGAAGAGAAUGAUCGACUCAAUGCGGAACUCGUACGCUUACGCAGAUUGCUCGAGAAUUCGAUGGAUGGAGCCGUGGGUGGAGUGGAGCCCAGCGCCGAAGGAGCUCAGUCGGUGGACAGCAGCAGCAGUGCGGCUUCGCAGCAACGCGUCGAUCGGCUGGAGUCAGAGCUGCGCUCAGUGAAGAAUCAACUGUUGACUAUGCGGCUGGAGCGCAAAAAGUUGCGAACAGACAAAACCGAACUGCUGGGGCAAGUCAAGCAGCUCUGUGCUUCGCUGCAGGAAAAAGAGCAGGAGUUGCGCGAUUUUAUACGCAAUUUCCAGGAGCGCGUGCGAGAAAGUGAGACAACAAAUGCCAAAAUUUCCGGGGAUCGUGAUCGAGAGCGUUUCCAGCUUUUGAAGCAAGCCCGCGAUGAAGCUGAGCGCUCCUUGGCCCUAGCACAGCAGCUAUCAGCACGUGACUUACAGCUACAGCGACUGCAAGAGCAGCUGCAGGAGGCCCGACGCCAACUCUCAGGCUGUCUGUCCGAUCAAGAGAGCCUGCACUCGUUUGCGCCACUCACUCCUCCGUCGGCUGCCUCUGGCAUGCUCAGUCAAUUGGCCACGGGCGCUGGCGUAAGUGGCGCGUUAGGUGGCAUUCGCGCCACCGAGGAUAGUGGGCGUGGCAACUCGCUUUCAGCCUUUAGCGGCAGCUUAAGUGGUGGCUCGGGCGCCACGGCUGGUGAUCGAAAUUCUUGCUCCAACGACUCCGGCCUGCGCAAUAGCAGCGAUCGUGAAAGCACGGGCGGCGAGCUUAACUUUAGUGAUGGUACUUGUGACAAUGGACCUUGUAUCACAGUUGAUCCCGACAGUAUUUCGCUCGUUUCCAGCCAGAAUAUGUAUCAGUUUGGCACUCCAAAGGAACGAAGUCCAACACUAUCACCAUUAAACUCAGCCGCAUACUCCAGAUCGGUGGAACAGCUUGGCUCGCCCGUGGAUCCUGACGCACCCGGCGGCGCUAUAGCCAGAAAGUUUGCCACCAAAACCGGGCCGCUGGGUACACGGAAUGGGCGAGGCGGUACCUGGGGCAGCAUAUCGCGCGUCUUCGCGCGUUCACGUAACAAGAGCAAGGCAAUGUCUGCCGAUGGUGUGACAGAAUAUACCGACUACUCUUGGAAUCCGCUGUCCGAGGAGGGCUAUGCUGAGAAGUUACGUUUGCUGCGAGAGGCCUCUCAGCUACCCAUGGAGCGUUGGCGGGCCACGCAAGUGCUCGCUUGGUUGGAGGUCGCCCUCGGAAUGCCGCAGUAUAGCACACGUUGUGCGGAGAAUGUGAAGAGUGGCAAAGUCAUGCUUGAGCUGAAUGACGUAGAGCUUGAGGCUGGUUUAGGUCUUACACAUCCAAUGCAUCGCAAGAAGCUUCGACUGGCCAUUGAGGAGCAGCGCCGGCCAGAACUGGUACGCUAUCCUCUAAUCACACAGCUCGGACACACCUGGGUAGCGACAGAAUGGCUACCCGACAUAGGCUUGCCACAAUAUGCUGAACCAUUCCUACAGUCGCUUGUGGAUGCUCGCAUGCUAGAUACAUUGUCCAAGAAGGAGCUGGAAAAGUUCCUUGGGGUUACACGCAAAUUCCACCAGGCCAGCAUUGUACAUGGCAUACAUGUGCUGCGCAUUGUCAAGUACGAUCGACAGACAUUGGCUAUGCGACGUGUGCAGUCAGAGACGGUCGAUACAGAUCCCAUUGUAUGGACCAAUCAACGCUUCAUACGUUGGGUGCGAUCCAUUGAUUUGGGCGAGUAUGCGGACAAUUUGAAAGACAGUGGAGUGCAUGGAGGACUCGUUGUACUCGAGCCAUCGUUUUCUGGAGAUACCAUGGCUACCGCACUGGGCAUACCCCCCUCGAAAAACAUCAUACGGCGCCACCUCAACACUGAGUUCGAUUCCCUUAUCCUGCCCGCCAGAGCGACUUUGGGUCAAGGCAUACGCUCUGGUUGCGGCAUAGUGCCCCUAACUGGACCGAACGGACUGCACUAUGCCACAACAGAUCGCCGCUCGAGCGGCAGUUUACGGAUUUCGGCAUGGAAAGGAUCUCAGAGUUCCCUAUCAAAGGCAUUUAGGUUUAAUACAAAACCCCAUCGCACCGGUGAUCGCAGCUCCUUCGGCAACUCAACCUCUCCAACACCAUCGUACAGCAGCAGCGAGGGCGGUGGUGGCGGCGGAGGAAUCUACGCCACAGUAGGACCGCAGCAGCUUCAUGCGUUCCAUCAUCAACAGCACCAUCAUUAUUUACCCCCACCCACAACUGCGCCACCACCACCACCGGUGUCGGGCAAUUACGGACCGCCUGGACAUCGUGUCAGUGCCCCACCAUUCGGUAAUGCUGUCGAGGCCCACAGUUCUGAUGCCCAUCUGCUCUAUGAGCAGAGUAGACGUGUCAAGAGCAUCAGCGAUAUUGGCGUGGCGGCGUCAACAAGUGCUGGUACGGGUGUUGGAAGCGUUGGGGCAUGUAGUCUAGGUGGUAUAUCGGGUUCCUCUGACUCGCCCAUCUAAAUUAAUGAGCUUAACGCCGUGUUAGCUACUACCAAAGAGAGUGAGUCCUUCAACAGGUUUUCUCAGAAUGUUUACUGAUUUCGGGAAUUGAGCACUUACUUGGCCAAUUGAUGUUGACCGAGUUCCAGGCCGUCGUUUCGGGCAUGUUUCCGAAACGUAAGCAUUUCAUUUCAUAAUUCAAUCAUUCAAUUGAAUCCAAGUGAAGACCCACCCACCUUUAGAAUACUCUCAGCAAAUCUCAUAGCAACAGAUACAUAUUACAAGAUUCAAAUUCAACAAUAAGCAUUUGGCAGUAAUCAGAUAUGACCUUAUUGAAUAAAUACAAAAAAAAUUGUUGAAGACAAAACCUACUAAGCAUUGAAUAAGUUGACCGAUUAUUAACUCCUAAGACAUAAUGAUAUUUCAGUCCGUUUACAUACUCCUACAUGUACUCGUACUCUGUAACAUCCACAAAAUUUCUGAACAGUUACUUGUAAAUCCUUUUCCCCAACACCGCACUGGCCGCCCAGCCUAUUCGAGUAACUCCAUACGCAAAACAAAUCAAUUUGAUAGCCUAAUUAAACUUAAAUGUAAAGUUAGUUUUAAAUUAAUUUAAUUACUCGGAUACACGCACACAACUUUGCUCACACCACGUUCAAUUUUUGCAGUGUGUGUGCUUGUGCGGAGAUGUGUGUGUGUGAGUCGAGUUGUUUUGGUAAGCCAAUUAAGUUUAGAAAAUAACCGUAAUGGAAUUUUAGUUUAAUCUAGAUUAUUAUAAAAUUGCAAAACCCAAAGCUUACCACAAAACAUAGUAGUUAAGCAAAUGAACCUAAUUAAAUCAAAUUAAUUGCAUCAUUAUGCGAAUUGUAAAUGCUUAUAUUUAUAUAUAUUGAUUUAACAAUGUGCUACAUACUUACAAGUAUAAUAAAUAUUUACACAUACAGCAAUUCAAUACGAUUCUAAAUUAAUCAGCGCCAAAAAAAAUUCAAACAAACAACCAAAAAUGCAUAAAUAAUAUACGAAAGUAAUCUAUUUAAUUCAUAAAUAGAUGCAAGAGAUGAUGAGUUAUGUAUUCGUAAGCAGACCAAUUUAACUCUAGUGAU